CGAAUGAGAUUAAUGGGUUGGGUUUUAGUGUCAUACUUUAUUAUCUUCCAAUGCCUGCUUAUUUAUUUUCCUUCUUAUAAUUGUUUGUUGUGCAACCUUCAUGACAAAUCUGCCUUGUUACACUUUAAAAACUCAGUUGUUGUUGUCAACUCUUCAACUUUUCCUUCAUGGUUUAAUUCUCGUUACUCGUUAUAUUCGAAGAUGAAAUAUUGGAACAACCUAACAGAUUGUUGCGGGUGGGAUGGAGUCACGUGUGACUCCAGGUCAGGUAACGUGAUUGGCCUUGACCUUUCUUGCAGUCUUCUUAGAGGUGAGCUACUAGGUCCCAAUAGUUCUAUUUUCAGGCUAAGGCAACUUCAACAACUCAACCUUGAUUUUAAUGAUUUUUGUGGAUCUUCAAUACACUCUGCAAUUGGUGACCUUGUCAACCUCACGCAUCUAAAUAUAUCUUGUCUUAAUAUUAGUGGUGAUGUUCCCUCCACUAUCUCUCACUUGUCAAAAUUACUACAUCUUCGUAUCUCUAGCAUCGGCUCAAUACUUAGACUUGAUGAUUACACAUGGAACAGACUCAUUCAGAACGCAACUAAUUUAAGACAGAUUUAUUUACUACACAUCAACAUGUCUUGUGUGGGAGAGAGGUCUUUGUCAUUGUUGACCAAUCUAUCAUCCUCUUUGCUUUCUCUACAUCUCUUCGACACCCAAAUCCAAGGGAAAUUCCCCACCCAUAUCCUCAAAUUACCCAAUCUCCAUGAAAUAGUUCUGGCAUGGAAUGAAAACUUGAGAGGUGAACUUCCAACCUCCAACUGGACUACUCCACUAACAUUCUUGUAUCUAUCUCGAACUGAUUUCUCAGGAUACAUCCCUGAUUCCAUAGCCCACUUGAAGUCUCUUAACUCACUGUAUCUUUCGGCUUGCAAUUUUGAUGGAUUUCUUCUACUUGUUUGUCAACAUCUUCCACCAUCAUUGUUUAAUCUUACUCAACUUACUCUCUUAUAUUUAUCAGAUAAUAAAUUAGUUGGGUCAAUUGGUGAAUUCUCCGCUAAUUCUUUGGAAUUUUUAUCUCUCUCUGACAACAAUUUGCAAGGUAAUUUUCCGACUUCAAUAUUUCAACUCCAAAAUCUUAGUACUUUGGAUUUGUCAUCAACAAACUUGAGUGGUACUGUAGACUUUCACCAAUUUUCAAAGCUUAAAGUUCUAAAUGAAUUGGACCUUUCUAACAAUAUUUUUCUCUUUGUAAACUUCGAAAAUAAUUUUGACUGCAUCUUACCAAACCUUCAAUACUUAAUGCUAUCCUCAAGUAAUGUAAGUAGUUUCCCAAAGUUCUUAGCACCACUGCAAAACCUGCAAUAUUUAGAUCUCUCUCAUAACAGAAUUCAAGGAAACAUUCCCAAAUGGUUUCAUGAGAACCUUUUGCGCUCCUGGAAGAACAUGAGUUACAUUGAUCUCAGUUUCAACAAGUUGCAAGGAGAUCUUCCGAUUCCACCUGAUGGCACUCAAAUCUUUUCAGUCUCAAAUAAUGAGUUGAGUGGGGAAAUUCCUUCAGCAAUGUGCAACACAAGCACCCUUUCUAUACUUAACCUGGCUCACAACAAUUUGACAGGACUUAUUCCACAAUGCUUGGGAACAUUUUCUUCUCUUUGGGCGUUGGAUUUGCAACACAACAACCUUUACGGAAGCCUACCUCUUAACUUUUCCAAAGGAAAUGCAUUUCGGACUAUAAAGUUGAAUGGAAAUCACUUGCAGGGACCGGUACCACGAUCUUUGACUCACUGUACAACACUCGAAGUUUUGGACCUUGGAAACAAUAACAUUGAGGAUGUGUUUCCGUAUUGGAUAGAAACUUUGCCAGAUUUACAGGUACUAAGUUUACGGUCAAAUAAAUUUCAUGGUGUCAUCACUUCUUUAGGCACCAAACUUCCAUUUCCUAAGUUGAGGAUUUUUUACAUCUCCAAUAACUAUUUUACCGGACUCUUGCCAACAUCAUACAUCCAUAACUUUCAAGGAAUGAUGAAUGUUAAUGAGAGCCAAACUGGUUUGAAAUAUUUAGGCAACGAUCUUAUAUAUAAUGAUUCAAUAAAUAUUGUGAUAAAAGGGAAUUACAUUGAGCUCGAGAGGAUAUUGACUACUUUCACAAUUAUUGAUUUAUCAAAUAAUAUGUUUGAAGGAGAAAUUCCCAAAGUCAUUGGAGAGUUGCAUUCUCUCAGAGGACUUAACCUCUCCCACAAUAAAAUUACUGGUACCAUUCCACUGUCAUUGGGUAAUUUAACAAAUUUGGAAUCGUUGGACCUCUCUUGGAACCAUUUGAAGGGUGAGAUUCCCAUGGCUUUGGCCAAUUUGAAUUAUCUUGCUGUCUUAAACCUUUCAGAAAACCGGCUUGAGGGAAUGAUACCUAAAAGUAGACAUUUUGACACAUUUAACAAUGAUUCCUAUGUUGGAAAUCCAAUGCUGUGUGGAUUACCUUUGUCGAAAUCCUGCAAAUGGAAUAAUGACAAAGGGAAUAAAGAAAGGUCACAAGGUUCAACAUUUGAUGAAGAAGAAUCAGGAUUUGGGUGGAAAGCCGUUGCAGUGGGGUAUGCAUGUGGGAUGAUCUUUGGAAUAAUAUUGGGUUGUUUUGUAUUCUUUGCUGGAAAGCCCCAAUGGCUUGCAAGACUCGUUGAAGUUGUGUUUAAUGUGAGACUCCCUAUAACAAACAAUAGAAAACAUGUGAUUCAUUCGGGAAGGAAUUAGUUUAAUGUAAUUUUGUUUUCUGUGUGUUUAAUGUAAUUCCAAGCACUCAGUUUGUCAGUAUUUUAUUUUUGUAAAACUUGUCUGUGUAUGGAAAGCAACUUCCUUUCUGAAUAAUACUAUCAUUGAUCUAUUCAGCUAUGGAAAGGCAUUAUAAAA